AUGUCCGACCCCCAACAUAGCAUACCAGCGCCCACAGCUUCUUACCCAAUCACACUCGCACCACCCUUACUUCUAGAAGCCAAACCCACCUCCACCCUCCUCACCACCCUCCGCGCCCACCAAACCAUGCUCACAGACCUCUACAUCGCACAAAACAACGCCUACGUCAUAGCCUACACCGCAUUCGAGACACAGUACGCAGCAGCAACUAGGACUAAUUCUAUAGAGAUACAGGAGGUCAUUGCGAAGCUGCUAGAGCAGCAAAAGGAGAUCAUACUCUUCCAGACCUUGCUUUGGAGCUUCCAGAUGUUUGGUGCUGGCCUGGAGAGCGGUGGGACCGACCAUCUAGAUGAGGGGCAAGCGCGUGGACAGGAGGGGGUUGGUAGUGGAGGAGCGAGGGACUUCGAGGGCAUGUGGCGCUGA